AUGGCGGAUAAGUUAUUAAAUACAUGUAAAUUUAAACAAAUCUUCUACUGCAGAUUCCAUUUGAAGGAAACAUAUCAGCUUUAUUGCAAGGAUUGCCAUGAUUUUGUUUGUUUCGAGUGCUUAGGAGAAUUUCACGAAAAACAUUUUCUUUGUCGAUUAGAAGACGCCAAAGAGGAUAUCCGCGAUCAAAUCGGCAUAUUAUUUUCUGAAAAGGAUAAAUGUAUAAAAAAUAUCGACGAGUUUAGUGACAUUAUCGAUAAACAUUGGAGACAGUUAGCGAUAGAUGAAGGUAUAAUAGAACAAAUAAUUAAGACAAAUGCAGAACAAAUGAGGAAUCAAAUCAUUUUGCAUGAGAAAAGUCUCUUAUCAGAACUUGAUUCUAUAUUCAAAAACUUCAAGAUAUCGUCACAAGAAUUGACAACGCGUGUCGAAAAUUUGCAAACUGAUGUCAAUAAAUUUGAUGUGGAUACACUGCCUGAAUAUAAACUCGAGGAAAUGAUUUAUGUUCUUUCUGAAUUAAAAGCAUGCACUGUUGCUUGUGACAACAUGAAAAAGUAUCAGAGGCCAAAUUUUAACACGGACGUGAAAUGCGGAAAUGAUGUAAACGAAGUUAAAAUUGGCGUCUCCGAAUCAAUUAAUUAUUCCUCAAUAGCACAUUUUUCUGUAUCAACACAAACCGAUGAUGCUAUUGAUGUUGACACAGAAGAUGAGUGGUUCGAUACAGAAGACGACGUGGAUGAAGAUUCAAUAGAAAGAUCAUCUGACGAAAUAAAAGAUUACCACCCGUUACAAAUUUGUAAUCUUAACAAAGAAAUAGGACACAUUAAGAAAAUAUGUCCUAUAUCUCAUACUGACGCAUGGAUUCUUGCUGACCGACAAUUGUAUAAGAUGGUUAAUCAGUUGUUAGAAGACACGGUAUAUGCAGACGAUGCUGAUGACAUUGCUGUUUUAAAGGAGGGAUGUGUUUUAAUUUUGAGAAAAAACAGUAAAGUCAUAAUGAAACUUCUUAAAAACAAACGACUAGCAAGAUUUGCCAAUAUAGGAAAUUCUUACGAUGAGGAUAUGGUACCGUAUUGCUUCUGUAAUUCAAAAGACGACUUAUUGACAGUUUAUCUAACAUCGAAAUCAAGAGAUCAACGAAGAGGUUAUAGCAAUUGCAUUUUACAAAUGAACAAAGAUGGCAUUUUGACCUCAGAAUUUAAUUUCUAUGCGGACAGUACGGAUGAGCCAUGUCUAAUGCAAAAUGAGGAAACCAAUAUGUAUGUUUUAUAUCUAUCAUCAUAUUACUAUAAUAAAAACUUGCAUUAUAUCAAUGUUUUAAAAGCAGCCAAUGAUAAAUGUGAAAGUAAAGAAUCAUUCAAUGGAACAUUUGGAUAUCAACCUUCUUUACAUUUUGAAUGCCAUGGAAUAUGUACAAAUAAUAACAAUGUAUUUGUAUCCGACAUUCGACAUCAUAGUAUUUAUGUUCUGAGCAAAGACUUAGAAUAUAAAGAAUGUAUAGUUGAUGCCAGAAACGGGCUAGAUAAACCAACGGCUGUUGCGAUUUUUGAUGAUCGUUUGUGGAUAGUAGAUGGAAAUCAAAUUGUUAUGCUCGAUUUGAACAAUAAAUAUGACUAA